AUGUCCACGGGCUCGGCCAGCGACGCGGAGGAGCUGCCCGCCAUGGAGCUGCGGGGGCUGCAGCUGGGCUACCCGCCGCCCGCCGCCCAGCGCCAGCCCCGCGGCCCGCUCUACCCCUCGGCGGACCAGUCCUCCGCGGCCGAGGAGGAGGACGAGGAGGAGGAAGAGGAGGACGGCGAGGGGCGCUGCACGGCGGCGGGGCCGGCCGGGGGCUGCAAGAGGAAGCGGGCCCGGGCGGGCGGCAAGAAGCAGCCCCCGCUGCUGCCCAGGGGCGCGUCGGGCGAGUGCAAGCAGUCGCAGCGCAACGCGGCCAACGCCCGCGAGCGGGCCCGCAUGCGGGUGCUGAGCAAGGCGUUCUCCCGCCUCAAGACCAGCCUGCCCUGGGUGCCGCCCGACACCAAGCUCUCCAAGCUGGACACGCUGCGCCUCGCGUCCAGCUACAUCGCCCACCUCCGGCAGCUGCUGCAGGAGGAUCGCUACGAGAACGGCUACGUGCACCCUGUCAACCUGACUUGGCCAUUUGUGGUUUCCGGACGACCAGAAUCUGACACCAAAGAAGUUUCUACAGCUAGCAGACUAUGUGGAACUACAGCUUAG